AUGCUCUCGGUAACCGUUGCAGGGGUGAUUGGCGCUGGCGCUUGGUACUGGCUGCGUGGCCGGGAGACAUAUAUCGUGUCUGUGGAUGAAUCCUUGCGAGGAGCCAAGAUGCCGCCGGCUGCGACUGUGAUGAAUGCCAUGGUGCAGGAUGUCGUCGUGGCCCUCGGUGGCUCGUUUGGCCGUGAGGCCGCUCCGCGUGAGAUUGCUGCCAUGUGGGGUGGCAUGGUGGGUGAUGCGUUCAGGGUGUCGUCGGAACAGCGCAAAGUGCUGGUGGCCUGCGGCGCCGGGGCUGGCUUGGCGGCUGUGUAUUCGGUGCCGAUCAGCGGAAUGCUCUACACCAUCGAGCACAUGCUCAGCUGGGAUCUCUCCCCCUCAGCGGUGCUGCCUGCCAUGAUUACGUCUGCAGUGGCCACCUUGGUGACAAGCACUACGGUGGAGACCCGCGGAUUGUAUUCCAUGCCGUGCUACAGCGCCGAGCUUCCUUCCUGGGAGAUUAUUCUCUGGGCUGCUAUGAUCGGCCCUGUGGCUGGCCUCGGGGCCGCUGCCUUCCGACGCUUCAUCAAGUUCGUCGAGGGGUUCAAGCCAUACGGCCGAUUCCCCCUGGAAUUUGCCGCUGCAAACGUGGGUGACAACGUGUGGCUGACGCGAGACGCCAACGGGAGCAUCUACCGGGAGCAAGUGGCAGUUGUCCGAAAGGCAGACGGCCUCAUCUUCGUUCAGGACCGGCUGGGAGGUCAACCCGAGGAGCUGGACGAGACGGACUGGGAGCAGGCCCAAGCAGAAGGUGAUCGGGACUGGACCAUCCUUAUCUUCAUGCCUUUGUCCUUUGUGGUGCUCGCUGUUCUGAGCCGAACAUACCCGAGCCUCCUUGGCAACGGCCGGGCGCUGGCGGAGAUUGCCAUGAAGCGCCAGCGCCAGACCUGGGUUCUUGGGAUGCUCCUGGUGCUCAAAGCGCUGAUGACAGCUGCUGCGAUUGGCGCGGGCGCGGCUGGUGGGACGCUCACGCCCUCGGUCUCCUUGGGUGCAACACUGGGCGCUAUCCUGGGUGAGAUCUACCAGUCCUACCUACCAGACUGGGCGCCAGCACAGGAUCCGCGGAUGUCCGUUGUCUCGGCUGCUGCUUUCCUAGCCGUGGCCAUGAACAGCCCCGUCACUGGGCUUUGGCUUCUCAUGGAGUUCGCUGCGCAGGGAAUUGGCACAGAAGCCUUUCUCGCUGCCUUUCAGGGCGACCUCGCCAAGCUACGGCAGUCUGACGGUGCGGUGGGCAUGCUGAUACCCAUGACCAUCGCGGUGGUUUGCGCUACGGGGUCCGUGGCGAUCCUGACACGGCUGUGGGCCUGCAUCCAUCCCCCUCCAAAGAAGGUGGAGCCUCAGGUGGAGUCGAGCCCGGACUCCCUGGCGAAGUACAAGCCGAUGCCAUCGUCACCGAUGAGCACCGACCUGGAGCUUGCCGACAUGAUCACGCAGCCUUCGCUCCAUCCGGAUGAGGACUACGCGACGCUGCGCACUGAGCGGUCAAGCUCCGUGAACUCCUCCACACCCUUGUCCUUCAGCUAUGACACGCUGGAGGAGAAGUCGCGAAAAUCGGCUAGACCCACCAUGCGCUCAUUUAGCUCCUCCUUCGACCUGGACCUGCCGCAGCUUCACGAGCAAACCAUGAAAAGGAGCUUCGCCAGAGCGAGGUCUGUUUCAGACACCAGCUCGGUGCUGAAGGUCCUCAUGGCUAAAGCCGGGAUGAGUGACCAAGCUGCGUGA